AUGGCACCUAGACUUUCCCCUCUUUCUCCACCGCAGACCAAUGAACAUGAUGUGCCCAACAACACCAGAUUGUUGGAAUCCGUAAUUGAAAGGUUACAAGAGCAGAACGCUGUUUUGACGCAGCAAAAUGCGGCUGCCUUACAGAGUUUGGAGGCCGCUCGUGCAAAUUCUGAAGUGACUCAGAGACAACUUAUGGAGAUUCUUGCAGCUACCAGGGGUACACCGGGAGCAUCUGCUUCAAACACUACUCAUCAGACUGAGUGGAGUUUGGAGAACUUUUUACAGCAUCGUCCUGCAAAAUUUGAUGGGAAGUGCCCUCCCGACGGAGCUGAUCAGUGGAUAAGGGACAUGGAACAGAUUUACGAUGCUAAGGAAUGUCCGAAUGAUCGAAGACUGGCAUUCACCGAGUAUCUGUUGACUAGAGAGGCCAGCCAUUGGUGGUCGACUGCGAAGAUGAUACUAGUAGAAUCUCGCAGUCCUAUUUCCUGGACAGUCUUCAAAGAGAAGUUUUAUGAGGAAUAUUUCCCGGAUAGUGUUCGAUUCGGCAAAGAGGUGGAAUUUCUCCAAUUGGUACAAGGUAAUAUGUCUGUCUCGGAGUACACCAACAGGUUCAAACAUCUGGUUCGCUUUAAUACCCUUGCCACCAGUGAAGUGUGGCAGUGCAGGAAGUUUGAAAAUGGACUGAGGAGUGAUCUUAAGGUAUUGAUAUCCAGCCUCUGCAUUAAGUCCUUUCCUGCUAUGAUUGAGAGAGCAAAAGUAUUAGAGAAAAAUGUGACUGAAGCAGAACGAUUGAAGAAGCAGCAACAACCAACUAGAGGACCCAUCAUGACCAGGCCGAAUAUGAAUCGGGAUAAGUUGUCAUAUGCUCGUCCAACACAACCAUCAAAUUCUCAGGCUAUGGUUGUUGCGGGACAGUCUGGACAGUCUGGAUCAGUCAGAUGUUUUAAGUGUGGAGGACCACACUACAGAUCGUCGUGUCCUCUGUUAGAGGGAGCAAAAUACUGCACUCGCUGUAGAAGAAACGGUCACAUGGAGCACGAGUGUAAUAUGGGAGGGCGAGCAGUAAUGAGGCCGCCAAAUGCUGGAAGAGUGCAACAGGGAAGGGGUGGACGAGCACAGGCUGUUGGUAGAGUUUAUGCGAUCACGACCGCGGAAGCUGCCAGUUCAGAGGUUGAGGGGCGUAAUUACAAGAUAAAUCUCAUCUGUCUACCCUUGAAAGAUCUCGAAGUAAUCUUAGGGAUGGAUUGGCUGGCUACCAAUCGCAUUCUCAUAGAUUGUGGUGCAAAAGAAUUGGUGUUUCCGGAUGAGUAUGAAGUGGAUCUAUCUGUGACGCUCGGUCAACUGAAAGAAGACAUCGUGGAUGGCGCCAGUUGCUUUCUGAUAAUGACACAUUCGGACGAACGACUUGAAGAUUACCUCCUCCACGCGAGGUGGAAUUUACUAUAG